GUACUAUGGAAAGGAUUGCUGCCGACAAUUUGGCGUGAUAUUCCAUUUUCCAUGAUUUAUUGGUUUAACUAUGAAUCAUUAAGAGUACGUUCCGGUAUUAAAAUGAACUCUUAUUGGACGUUUGUGUGUGGUGCAGUAGCUGGAAGCAUCGCUGCAACAAUUACGACACCUUUUGAUGUUGUUAAGACAUACAGACAAAUUGAAUUAGGGCAUAAUAGUAAAACGUUUCAAAAUGUUUGUAUCAAUGGUAGAGCAAACGAAGCACUAAUAAAACCGAUAACAGCAACAACCAAUAAUGGCGCAACUUCAACACAAACAAUUGAUAUUCUUAUUCGAAUUAUCAAAGCACAAGGUGUCGGAGCACUAUGGAGUGGUAAGUAA